AUGGCAAGAGAUAAUACGGGAGUCGAAUCGGCGAUCGAUCUUGACGCAAUUUUAGCGCAACUUGGCCCUUUUGGGAAGUAUAAUAUCGUGAAUUAUGCACUGUUAUUAUUCCCUAUUUAUUUGGCGGGGAUGUUUGGAUCGGUGUUUGUCUUUGAAGCCCCUGAUAUAAGUUACAGAUGCGAGAUCAAACAAUGCGAAAGCUUUAAUCAAAGUCUUUGGCUGGAUUAUACGAUACCAAGAGACAAAGGGGAGCUAUCAAAAUGCAAAAGAUAUCAAUGGAGAGAAAAUCUCAGUACAAUCAACAAUGAAUCUUGUAGUGAGCAAAAUUUCAACGUCGAAAUCACAGAAAAAUGUGACAGAUAUGUGUAUAGCGAUGAGGAUUCAGUUGUUAAAGACUUCGACCUCGGCUGUCAGAAUUGGAAGAGGACACUGAUUGGAACAAUACACAACUCCGGUCUGUUCCUAUCUUUACCAGUGACCGGAAUAAUCUCCGACAGAUACGGCAGAAAGGUCGCUUUGUCAAUAGCAUCGCUCAUGAAUGGAUUGUUUGGUUUCAUUAGAUCAUUCUCAACCAGUUACACGAUGAUGCUUGUUUUAGAAUUUUUAGAGGCCGGUUUAGGAGCUGGUGCUUAUAGUACCGCAUUUGUACUUGCUAUGGAACUCGUCGGACCAAAGGGAAGAGUAUUCGGAAAUACUAUAAUAAACGCAGUGUAUGUUCUGGGUCUGAUGUCUUUAGCUGGCCUCUCCUGGUGGUUGCAAAGUUGGAGGCAACUCCUUAGAAUCAUUUACGCUCCAGCGAUGCUCGUAAUUUCAUACCUUUGGCUUCUGAACGAAAGCGUCAGAUGGUUGCUAAGUAAGGGACGUAAUAACGAAGCCGCUAAUGUCCUAAAGAAGGCAAUGAAAAUGAAUAAUGUUGACCUCUCCAAUGAUGUUCUGGCUCCGCUUUACAAAUUGGGGAGAGCGGAAGAUUUUGAAAAGGUUAAAAAUGAAACACAAAAUGAAGAAAUACAAAAAGAAGUGAAAAAAUCAUCAACAUUUAUUCAAGUGAUAAAAUCUCGUAUAAUAAGAAAAAGAGUGCUCGUGUGUUCGUUUCUGUGGAUUACGUGUACAUUUGUCUAUUACGGACUUUCGAUAAACUCAGUGUCACUGGCUGGGAAUAAGUACAUUAAUUUCAUGUUAGUCGCUUUUGUGGAGAUACCGGCGAAUUUCGUAUGUCUACUUGUCUUAGAUCGAUAUGGAAGGAAACGGACCUUAAUUAUAACGUAUGUGUUGAGUGCGUGUCUCUGCAUCAGCCUUUCCCUGCUUCCUAAAGAUCAAAAGUGGUGGUCCCUGGUGUUAUACCUCUCCGGGAAAUUCUCCAUCACGGUUGCGUAUAGUUCUGUCUACAUCUAUGUGUCUGAAGUGUUCCCGACGAGUAUGCGACAGUCACUUCUAGCAGUUUGCUCGUCUCUGGGACGUGUUGGAUCCACGCUAGCUCCUUUAACGCCUUUACUGGCGUUAUAUUACGAUAACUUGCCAGCAAUCUUCUUCGGCAGUCUAGCGCUUAUGGCAAGUGCUAUGGUCUUUACGCUACCGGAAACUAUCAACGUUGCUCUUCCCGACACCGUUGAAGAAGCUGAAAGACUAUCGCAGAGGCAACACAAGAAGGAAAGUGCAUAG